UCAUAUCACGUGUAGAUAUUCUCAAUAUGACAAGAGAACUGAAUUGGUAAAGCAAACAUGUAGUGAUCUAUGAACUUGUUAGACAAAAAUGUAAAAGUUGAGACAGUAAACAUCUUUGAGUAGCUAAGUGAACAGAGAAGACUUUUUGGAGCUAAAUAAAUGUAGCUUCCUUCUGCGUUUCUGAAUCUUCACUCCCUCAUCAGGAAAACAAGCAGAGUGCAGACUCCUCCCCGUGACCUUUGGAAAAUCUUCCAAAGUUGUUAAUUCUGUUGAGUACCUGCUGAGUUACAUGUUCCCUCCUCCUCAUCUCAGCCACAGACGCAGCAGAAGUCAAUCCACAAAAUGCUUGACUCUUGGGUAUUCCUGCUUCUCCUUGUCCCAGGGGGGCGGAUGUUUAUGAUCCAUAACACGCAGUAUGGCCUGUGUCUGGAGGAGUCGGCUGGCACAGGUCAAGUUCUCCUGAAACAGUGUGACCUGGACUCUCUGGCUCAGCAGUGGCUCUGGAUCAACCAGGGCAUGCUGAUGUGUGUCGGAUCCUCCAGGUGUCUGUCGGCUCAGCAGGACCAUCCGGUCCAAACCCAGGCCUGUCCAAAGUCAGACCAGGAAGCUCCAGAGCUGAUGUGGGACUGUAGCAGUAACAGACUCAGGAGCAGAAACACGUUCUUACUGCUGUCCACCGACGGCCAGCAUGUGAUUCUCACAAACCGCCUCAAACACUUUGAGUGGAAGUCUCUUGAUGAGGUGGAUGUCUGUAAGAAGAGCCUCCGGCUCCGGAGAGCGUCAGAGGACCAGGACCUGUUAGACGAUCCGGAGGAGGCAGCAGACGGGAUGAAAGGCAAGAUGGAGGAGAAGAGAGAGUAUUACCGCUGGUUCUACCGUACCGAGAACCCAGCUAUUUGGACAUUUGUGCUUCUGGUUCUGGCUUUUGUCUGUUUGCUCAUUGGGUUUUUGCUGCUGGGAAUGGGAGCCAUGGCCAACAAGAGCAGAAAGAAGAUAGCUAAAUACAAAGCCCAGGCAUCCCUUGUUAAGAAGCAUGAAGGCGAAGAGCUUCAAGUCGUUUCUGCUCUUCGGGAUAAUGGAACAUCUCCGCUGCCCCAGGGUCACACAUCAUCCAUGUCUGAAGGAGACACAAAGGAAUUAAAAGCAGGGGACAUUGUGGUCACAUGGAAAGAUGGCAACACUUCCUGCUUGUAUCCAGAUCAUGUUGUAGAGGAGAGACAGGAGGAGCUGGAGAAGGAUCAGCAGGAGAAAAGGGAGGAAGUGUGGCAGGAACGAGAGGCUCAUGAUGAGGGGAGGAUGACAGAGUGAAUACUGGUCUGUCCCUCAGCUUUUAAGUUAAGUUAUCCGCCAUUAGUUGGAACAAUAGACUUUAUCUGAGAAAUAUUCAUUUAGAUAUAAAAACAAUACAGUAAAAAUACAGUUUUUAUAAAUUUAAAUAAAAUAUUGUCACAUGGAUGUUGCUAUAUUCUUUACACUGCAAUGCAUUCUGGGUAAAUGACGUUUGCUUGGUCCAGUUGUGCUAACUCCAUCCGGCUAAAACUGCAAUAAGUAACAUUAAGUAACUUUGAAUUGGAGUGCGUUGAAAUUGAAGGGAAUGUAGAAAUCACAAGAAAUAAUGAAGAGGAGGAGAAACAAACAGUGGAAGAGGACAGGGUUGGCUGAAGAAGCUGGUCUUUAUGCUUCUUCAGCAUAAAGAAGAAGUCACCUAGGUGUCACCUAAAUGACAGUAAUGUCAUUUAUUUUUUUAUAAAUGAAAAAAAUAAAUGACACCUACUGCUGCUCAGACUGUGUGAUCUAGUAAGUAGUUGAUGUGCUCUGUAUCAGGUCUGGUCUUCGGUUCGGUGUCGGGUCUGUGGUUUCAUAUUUAGUACCAACAGCAGUAGUAAUAGCUUCCUUAUCAUUUCAAAUAGCUUCCAGCGCUGCUUGUCUGAUGUUUCUCCCAGGGUCUUUUUGCUCGCUAGCUGGCAGCGGGAUUUAGGUGCUUUGUGGAUAAAAACUGUUGGCACUACAUUUGGUUUUAGCUUGUGAACCUGCUAGAUCCUUCAUCAGUUUUGCUCAUACAAAUGAUUCAGUCUUCUGGAGAGAAAUGUUGGGGGCACAAAUGUGUCCUUCAGAAGUUGUAUUUGGCUCUUUGCUUUUGCACUGUGCUUUUUUCAUGUGGGAAGCAAAGCAGACUCACCUCACUACUUUUUUUUUAAUUACAGUCAACUGUGACAGUGUUGCACUGUCUGAAAUUACACCAGUCAAAUGCAAUAUGAUAAACAACAACUCGGGUUAAGUUAGCCUUCCUGUGUUUACUCUUAGAUUCCCAACCGCAUCAUCAACCCAGCAAGGUGAAAAAAUGGCAACCUCCAUGGGUGAAAAAUAUAAUGAAAGAUCUAACAUUUUUGAAGUAAUUAUGGCUUUUUACAUAUCACAAACUGCAAUUUUUGAGUUAAUAGGAAAAUGCAGGACAUGUUCAACUAAUCGUGGACCACUUUAACGUUUCCUUUCAUUUAGAUUUAAUGAACUACAAAGCUCUAAAGAUGUUUUUUCAACAAUCAUGUGACUGACUAAAUGCUCAGUAUUCUUUGAUGUGAACUGUUAACAAACCUUUAAAUCCCUUCAACCUCUUCUGUUUCUGUCUUGUGUAAUCUCGACCCAAUGAUGACUGCUGCAACAAGCUCACCUGAAACCACUGCAGGUCUUAAUCCAGCCAAGGUGGUGUAUGCAUCAGUGUCAUCCGGUGAGGUUCAUGACUCCUCUUGAGCAGGCGUACAAGUAUUUAAAACCCAAAACAGAAGCUUAGAUUUAAAUUUAGCUGAUAUUUUGGCCUUAACUUAAACAUUUAGUUGUAUUAAAAGCUUUCAAUUGUGCUUUAAUCAAUUAGCACUAUAGCAAGAACAACAGAAUACUAUUUUAUAUAAACUGAAAUUAGAUUUUUUUUUUUGGCUGAUUCCUUUUUAACUGAAAUUUAAAAUGAUCUCACUAUGUUUUUAAUAUAAAGUCCAUGCCCACAAAUAUUUGUCACUUUUGUAAAAAUUGCUCAUUUGCCUUCAUUUUUAAAAAUCUGGCAGCUUUAAUGGAGCUGAUCAGCACAGAGGAGAAUCAUUCAGGAACAGUUCUAUUCUCACCGAGUGUUCUUGUGAUUUUCUUAUUGUUUUCAGUCUUUUUAAUUUAUAGAACACCUGCUGCCCUUUGCGUCUAUUUGGUUCAGCACCUCACCACCAUUAGUGCGACAUUGUACUUUCUGCCUCAUCUUAUUCAUUUUCACUGCUCAUUUGUGGCUGAUCAGAAGGAUUAAAUACAUGUUCAAUAUGUUAGACUAUGAAACACCAGCAUGUAGAAUUAAACAUGCAUAUUGAUAAUAUAUAGAUAGUAAUGUUCAUGCAUCAGCUGCCUGCUUCAUUCACUCUGUGACACAGUGCCUCACCCUUCCCUCUCUUCCUCCAUGUGUUUGAACAAUGUUUCAAUUCAGCAAUUUUGAUAAUAAAAUUGUUUAAAUUAUUCAUAAAACAAUCAAAUAAUCAAUUUGCCAACAUGACUUGGGCUUCAGUUGCAUUAGUAUUUAACUUGCCAUGAUGACAGGUGAGGACCUGUUUUCCCUGACUGCAAGUCACUGCUUUAUUGCCAGUUGAUGCACAUUUCACACACACCAAGGGUCAUAUUGAAAGCACUUUGCUGCCAUGUAGUGGACUGAGUCAGCUAAAGUAUGUCUAAUUUCACAACUUUGAAUGCUGUAUAUGGUAACUUGUGUGUGUUAUAUUCAAAAUCUGUUUACAAUCUUCUUGACAGCAAAACCACAACAUCAGCAGUAAGUGGUUAAAGUCUCCAUCUAUAAUAUGUCUGUCUUCGCUGUAAUGUGUUGUUAAAUCAAUUUUCCAUCUUG